ACCUAAUUGCUUGAACUCCUGCCUAUUAUCCCUGACCACAGUCAUGCCUCGAGGUCAGAAGAGCAAGCUCCGUGCCCGGGAGAAACGCCGCCAGGCCCGUGGUGAGACCCAGGGUCUGGAGGGUGCUCAGGCUACUGCGGCAGAAGGAGAGUCCCCCUCGUCUGCCUCUCCUCCCCUUGGGGGCGAGCCUCAGAAUUUGCCUGCUGCUGAGACACCUAGCACUCCUGUGGCACCUCAGGGAACCCCAUCUACCACCAACACUACUGCAGCUGUUUCAUGCAGCGAUUCAGAUGAAGAUACCGACAGCCAAGAUGAGGAAAACCCCAGAUCCUCCAAGGGCACUAAGGGUUCGCGCAGAGAUCCUUUAAAGAAGAAGGUGGUUUCCAUGGUGCAGUUCCUGCUGCAGAAGUAUCAAAAGAAAGAGCCAAUUACAAAGGCAGACUUGCUGAAGUUAAUUACCAAAAAGUACAAGUCUCAUUUCAAUGAGAUCCUCAGGAGAGCCUCUGAGCACAUGGAGCUGGCCUUUGGUGUUGAUUUGAAGGAAGUGGAUCCCAUCAGGCACUGCUAUGCCCUUCUCAGCAAACUAGAUCUCACCUCCGACGGAACGAUGAGUGAUGAAGAGAACAUGCCCAAGACUGGCCUCCUGAUGAUUGUGCUGGGUGUGAUCUUCAUGAAAGCCAACUGUGCCCCCGAGGAGGAGGUCUGGAAAGUGCUGAAUUUGAUGGGUGUAUAUGCUGAUAGGAAGCACUUCAUCUAUGGGGAGCCCAGGAAGAUCAUCACCGAAGAUUUGGUGAGGCUGAAGUACCUGGAGUACCGGCAGGUGCCCAACAGUGAUCCUCCACGCUAUGAGUUCCUGUGGGGCCCAAGAGCCCAUGCUGAAACCAGCAAGAUGAAAGUCCUGGAGUUUUUAGCCAAGCUUCAUGAUACCGUCCCUAGUGCCUUCCCAUCCUGGUAUGCAGAGGCUUUGCGAGAUGAGGAAGAGAGAGCCCGAGCCAGAGCUGCAGCCAGGGCUCGUACUGCUGCCAUGGCCAGCGCACGUUCCCAGGCUACGGCCAGUGCACGUUCCAGGGCCACGGCCAGCAGCUCCUCCCACACUAAGUGA